AGGCGCUGGCACUGCAUGUUGGUUCACAUUUAUAAGGGAUUUGAUUGGUCUCGUGAGUUGGAGCUGGUCGGGGGUUUCUGCCGCCCCCGGUCGCUGGCUCGACGUGGUACAACCCGGUAAUUUAAGGUGCUGCCAAUUGCCCACUAACCCAACGACGCAGGGAACCGGCUGGGGGUUUUUUUUUUGUUGCGCUUGAAUAAAAUCGGUACCACCCUCCUAACACCUAACACACAGAGAGAGAAUAAAAAACGCCCGAGGCUGACCUGACUGAGCAGAUGGACAGCGAAGGAGCGCAGCAAAGUACUAAUCUGCCACAAAUGGAUUCGUCAUCACCAUCUCCAAACCCAGUUUCACCAGUGCCACUGAAUAAUAGCAAUCCAACCAGUGCCCCGAGAUUUGGAACAGUCAUUCCUAAUCGGAUCUUUGUAGGAGGAAUCGAUUUUAAAACAAAUGAAAAUGAUCUAAGAAAGUUUUUUGCACAGUAUGGAACUGUUAAGGAAGUCAAAAUAGUAAAUGACAGAGCUGGAGUUUCUAAAGGGUAUGGCUUUAUUACCUUUGAAACCCAAGAAGAUGCUCAAAAAAUUUUACAAGAGGCAGAAAAGUUGAAUUAUAAGGAUAAAAAACUGAAUAUUGGUCCAGCAAUAAGAAAGCAGCAAGUGGGGAUACCACGAACAAGCUUAAUGCCAGCAGCUGGGACAAUGUACUUAACCACUUCAACAGGAUACCCAUACACAUACCACAAUGGAGUGGCUUAUUUCCACAGCCCAGAAAUUGCCUCUGUUCCACAACCUUGGCCUCCUCGCUCUAUUUCUAGCUCACCUGUAAUGGUGGCUCAUCAAGCUCCGCCAAUUUACCAGCAGCCAGCAUACCAUUAUCAGGCACCUGCACAUUGUCUUGCAGGGCAGUGGCAGUGGGGAUUACCACAGUCACCAGCCUCCACAGCUUCUGUGCUAUAUUUACAACCAUCUGAGAUAAUAUAUCAACCUGUGGAAAUGCCUCAAGAUGGAGGAUGUGCACCACCCCCACUUCCAGUGAUGGAAGCCUCAAUGCCAGAGGCCUAUGCAGAUCACAGUGUUCAAGCACCAUACCAUCAGGUAUACACUCAAAGUCCCAUGGCAGUCGCAGCCCCCGUCAUGCAGCAGGAACAGGUGAAGGAAUCUAGGUUGCAUCCUGUCAGACGGAAUUUUUCUCAGCCUCCACCAGUUGGAAUUAAACCCCGUUACACACGCAGUCCACAUUACCAUAUGAGAAAGGAGUAUAGGGCAGAAGAUUCUAUUCUUACUCCACCUUCUUCAACUGAAUCUGUUAAGUAAACAAAUUUGUAAAACCAUUGUUAAAUGAAAAUACAUACGUAUGAAAGAAGGCAUAUACAAGUCUUAAUUCUCAAAAAUGCAUGUAACAAGUGAUUCUUAAAGAUCUAAAAAUGUAAUUGGUUAAAUGGUGUAGGUUUAAAUACACUAUACUGUAAAUCAGAAGAAAGUUAUUGUUAUCGAACAUGCCACAGUCUAAAUAUGUCUGCAUUUUAUACUUCAAACUGAAGAGAUCUUGCAGUGUAAGUUAAACCAGAAUAUUUUUAAGAAUCAUGGCAACAAUGUGAAUUCUUAGAAGUUGCAAAUAAUCCAGACCAGGCAUAAUAUGUGGCUGUUGGGUACAGUACAGUAGUUAUGCUGAUUUUGAGAAACAGCAGGAGGUUAAAAGAAGACAUUUAUUUAAUAGGAAGAAGAAAAUAAGCCACAGUUUUGAGCUUGAAUGAGGCACCUCUAAUUUUUAAAGAAUUUUAAUGUUUACAAAUUUUUACACACUCCUUUGUAUUAUUUGCCUUUUCCAUCGACCUGUUUGGGAUUUUUUGUUUAACCAUUUGUGUUAUGUGUCUUAUUUAUAGCAAUUUCAUUUAUAUUAUUUAUGUGGAAAAAGCUUAAAUUAUAAUAUGUUAAUUUACACUAGAUUCUUUUACCCUUUCUUACAAAGUAACUUAGAAUUUACUUAAUGUGUAAAUCUUGAGUAAAAGCUCUGAGUUUUGGACCACUUUUGCACACAGUAUCUUUUUAUUGUGUUGCCUUUAUACAUAUCCUAAAAUGUAAAUUUUUUUUCAUAGAUAAACAAUUAAUGUAGUAUAAUGUUGAGGUAUUACUGUUUUAUUGUAGUUUGGAUUGUUUAUUGUAGCUUAGAUAUAGUUAAAUAAUUAUUAGAGUUCUAGAUGUAAGGUAAAUUGGUGCAUCCUAAAUAAUCAACUGGCAUUGUAACAUUUCAGUGCCUUAAUAUUUCAUCGUAAGAGGAGGCAUCUGUGAGUGCAUGUGUUCUAUUCAAAAUAGUUCUUCAAUUCCUUUUGACAAUGUAAGCAUUCAUGUCAAGAUUUUUUGUUAAAAAUUGGCGAUAUUCAAUAAUUAGUAUACUCUGAGACCAUGGAGUUGAUUGUAACUGUUCCUACAAGACAGGAAAUGGCAGCAAUUAGUAGAUCAUCUGAUUUACACACCAACCACAUUUCCUUUCUAGUAAAAGUCAAAUGGAACGCAAAAUAGGCUAGGGUGUUAUUAGGGAGCUAAUGUUACUAGGUUUUCCAUUUCUUCCCACCCAUCCCCAAAAUGAUCUUUUGUUGAUACAGAUUUUUGAACAACAUUCUGCAUGGCCGCUGAGGAACAGUGUCCCAAACAUUCUGUGUGUUUCCUAGGUUAAAUUCAUUAUUGGUUUAGUAUUCCACAGAACCAACUGCUGGUGAGUUCAUUUUAGGAAGGUAUCACCGUGGUGGGAGAUUUUGAAAUCAUAUUUGUAGCUUUUGAAUUACUCUUGGGUGUAUUUGCAAUUUGAAGCAUAAAACUCAACACACAUUUUAAAUAUUAGUAUUGCAGAUCAAUCCAUAUAAUACUGGGUAGUUGGUUUUUUUAUGUAGAAGAACCUCCCUUUGUUCUAAUUAUUUUUGUUCCUUGCAAUGCUGUAAAAAUUGUUUUAUAGCAAUUGAGAACGAUACCUUUGGUGCACCAAACUUAGAUCUGUCAUUGCGAUCUCGCAACUUGAAGACUGAACCUUUUACAAAUGUAAUUAUCCACUGAUUCCUAGACAUAUAACAUUCCUGCAAUUAUUGUUGAACUUUGCACAUAUUUCCAGCCGAAGACCCCCAACCCCUGCUCCUGUGAAACAUGCGGAUCCCCAAAUCUUGGCAUUUCAGUGCACUCUAAUCAUCUAUAUUUAUUGGAGUCUAGCUUGCAUCAACUGGAGCAUUCCAGCCUACUAUCCACAAAGCAAAAAGAAAGAUCAAUAUUGAAAAUAGACUUCUGCAAGGAACUCUGAGGUUUAAUCAGUUUGUCAGCUGAUCUCAGCAGAGAUAUAGUCAGCAACUGGAUUAGGCAUAGUAAAACGUUAAACCAUGGCUCCCUCGGUUAAUUUCUAUUGAGCAAAUGGUAAAACAUGAAUAAUGAUUGUUUGAAUGAGAUACUAGAUAGCAACUGUAUCCCAAUGCUGCCUUCUGGAAAGGGAGUAAAAAAUGAGGACUAGGAUGGAGGGUGUGGGGGGGGGAAGGCAUUUCAAAGUAAUAUAUACAAUAUAAGAUCAUACCACACCUUGGAUGUACUUCAUUUUUUUAAUUCUAUAUAUUUAUAAAUUCAUAAAGCUAUUAAUUUGCAACCAUUUUGCAAAUAAUAUCUUUUGCAUUAUAACUAUCAAAAGGUACAAUUUGUAAUCUCUGUUGUGAUGAUUGGGCUGGAAAAAUUUAAACUGAUAGAUUAAAAUUCAUUAAUUAUCAUAGUCAUAACUCAUAUCAACCAUAGUUGUCUAUGUAAGUGCUGUGAAACAAGUAAUACCAAAUUUCAGCUGGAUAAGAAAGACACAUUACAGAAUUGAAUGUAUAUAAUGGCAUAAUAUUAUAUCAUGCCCAUCAGUUAAACUUUGUAAAACACCUAUUCUGUGGUCAACUAGUUGAUCUUUCAUUAUGCCCUUGUUCAACUAUGUGUAGUUGUUAAACCACAUUCUUUCAGGGAUAAUAACGUGUUGUAUUCUUUAAGCAGCGCUACUAAAUUAUCCAUAAAAACUAAACUUGUUUCUGUUGAUAUUCGAAAUAGUGUUAUUCAGACUAACAAAGGCAAUGCAAAAAACACAAAAAAUAUUGGAGCUUUUUCUUUCUUCUGUGAACUUAAGCCAGCAUCUUAUAUGACCUUUUGUGCACUAAAAUUUACGCUCUAUAUGUCUGUGUUACAAUGAAUAGAAUAUUAAAAUAAUCCAGUGGUUUGUUAUUACAUCCUUGAGAGUAAUGAAAGAUAAUUAUGAUAGGCAUAUAAUUAGGUUGUGUAGAAAUCAACCAAUUUACUAUUAAAUAAAUUGUGGAGAUUUGUUAGACAACAAACCAAUUCUUAUUUUGUAGAUGAAGGCCUUAUUGCCAGAGUUUAUUCUCUCCACUCUAUUCUCUGAAAAGACACUUCAUAAAGUACUUAGUUAUACAAAAAGAGGGUAUUCCACUCAAAUGUAACUUUAUUCAUAUAACUAUUAGCUUACCAACAAUUAGGCUUUCAUCAGAUUUUUAAAAGCUAUUUUUUUCUCCAAUUUGACCUGUUUCUGAUAACUUUGUGGAAGUUAAAAAGAAGAACUUUGAAGGCUAUUUUGACUGAUAUCACUUGGGAUUUUGCAUAAUGUAGCAUCUCAACUAAUCUUCAUGUAUCUGUUGCAAAGUAAGCAUUUAAGUUGUCCUGUCAAUGGUGUUUAAUUUCCCUCUCUUGUGAUACAUGUUUGAGGGUAUUAUUACAUCUUCAGUGUUUCAGGACCCACGAGUGUACGGGUAGAAUUAAUGUGCCAGUGCUAAUAAUCUUGCUACCUCAUGUAAAAGUUAUGGACUGAAGUUUUGCAUCAGUGCAACAUAUACAUUUUUUGUUUUACAAUAGUUGUGUGUACAACCAUGAAUGUUGGAAUAAAAAUAUACAAGUAAGUUUAAUGUUAAUUUGAACCUAUUUAUAACUCUCCCUUUAAUUGUGACAUUAAUUUGUUUUGUUUUUUUGGAGUAAGUUUCAGCAUUAUUGCUCCAGCAUUAAUCGUAACAGUAGGCUUCACUUAUCAUUAUAGAAAACACUCAAUUUUCACACCUUUAAUUAAUAAAAAAUGGAAAAUUAGGUCAUCUGGUCAAUUGAGUUGAAAAUUACUCCUGUUGCCUCUCUAUUUAUUUUUUAAUCUAGACUGAAUUUUGAUUGUAUUUUAUCUUUAAGGUACCAAUGUUCACUGGUGUCCAAUAUUGGCAGCAGUCAGAAUAUCAUUUAUGUGCAUAAUUGCAAAAAUAUUAUACUAGCAAUAUAUUGCAUGUCAAUGCAAUUAAUUUAUGAUCUAUAUUCUGUUAUUCGAAAUGUUAACUGUGUAAUUCUUGCAGCAAUUUAUGCCUUCUAGAAUUCUGAAGUAUUAUUUGGUUAUUUAACAAAGUUAUAGUAGUUCUGCAAGUAUAGUUUGUUCUCUAUCUCAAAGCUGAAAAUUUAUACAUGAUGGUCAUAUGACCCAAAAUUACCAAAUGUCCACUGCAUAUCAAAUGUCAUGUGCAUGGAGCAGCUUACUUUUUCAUUGUACAGUUAGUAGAGUUUCUCGUUUUAAUUUAAAUCAAAGCAGUCAGUAGUUAAAAUACUCCUGUAUUUGGAUUUGAAGGAAUGCUCAAACAUAAAAGAUUAAGCAACUACAGCAGUUAAAAAACAAAACAAAUAUCCUUAUUAAGGUAAAAUAAUUCCUUUUACAGUUCCCCUUACACUGAACUGAAAUGCAGCAUUUUGCAAAUUGAAAUUACGAAGAAUUUAAUAAAUUCUCAAACUCAUGUUUUUUUUAAUGCAUAUCUGGUUUACUCGUGUAGGAAUUUCUAGAACAAUAACCAAUACAGUACUAUUAACUAUGUUUAAAAGUAAUUAGCUGGCAGCAAAAGACUUUAGGGCUCUCUGAAAAUGUGAAAGGUAAAUAUAUACAAUUUUUACUUCCAAACCCACUAUGAUCUUCCUCUCAUGAUCUCUCAAUUUUUAUGCCAAUUUCCUCUGUGGUCUCCAUCCUAAAGAUGACAAUAAAAUAUAAAGAGUGACAGAUAUGGUGUUAACUGUUCAGUUAACUAGGUUAAUAUAUUAUUAAUAGUCUAUAUAAAAUUAAUGUGGAGAUGUCAGAAUAUUCUGAUUUAAAGGGUGGGCACAAAUUUAUGGAAAGCUGCCUUAGUAAAAAUUGAUCUGUGUGUAUUACAAUUAGCAAGGUUUUAAAGCUGCCUUAUGUAAAGCUUAAUAAAUAAAGCUGCAUUAAGUAAAAAUUGAUCUGUGUGUAUUACAAUUAGAAAGGUUUUAAAGCAACAUCCUUUCAGAAGACAAUGGUGUUAAUUAAAUUUGCAGUAAUAAUUGAUCAAAAGUACCUUCUGAAACAGAACCUGAUGGUCAAGCAGACUGCUUAUAGGCAUACAACUUGGAACUUAAUGUUACUGCUUUUGUUACUUUUUUAAAAAGUCAAUAACCAGGUUUUAUCAGGUAGCAUUACAGUAAAUCUAAUGUUGAGUAAUUAUUGGUGGUAUAUUAUUGCUCAAAAUGCAAUAUCUAAACUUCCCCAAUCAAAUCAAAACUAUUAAGUAAUAGGACACACAAUUACAGGUUUGCCUGUUGUAGUUAAAGCACAUUAGGCACAUGUAAAAUGUAACUUCUGAAGAUGUACCAUUGUUAUGAUAAUUUGCUACAAAUGUUUCAACUGAAAGUAACUAAUUGUGAACAAACUAAACUCAGUUCAGUGCAUCACAUCCAACAUUUCUCGGUUCAUUGUUUCCUGAUUACAUUCUUAUCCCAUGUAAAGCUCUUUUACAAAAAGUAAAUUUUACAUGGAUUGUGGAAAUGAGGUGUCACAUUUUACAUGCAGGUUUUUAAGGUUUUAGUUGUAAUAUUUAGUUUGAAACAACAAGGAAAAUGUUUAUUAUCACACGCGUUCCUUAUUCUGCUGUAUACAACUUCUACUGUACUCAUGUAAAAAUAAGAAAUUAUGUCCAAAAAACUGCUUUGUCAAUUAUUUAAGUCCAAUGCCUACAGCAGCUAUGUUUGAGCUUUUUUGAAGCUAAAGUAACAUGGUCAAAUUGUUCUAACAUAACCAUAUUUUUGAUAAAAUUCCUAAUAAGGACUAAAGUGUUUUUUAAUGUGAUGCAGAUUUGAGUUUGGUUUGGUACCAAGCAAUAUAGCUAAAAUGUAGCUUUGUAUCAGUUAAAUAUUAAAGUAGGGCAAUAACUUGUUAAAAAUAGUCAAAGAAAAAAUACCAAAUUUGACCAGUAAUAUUGUUAAAAUAUAGCAAAAUCUAAGGCUUACAAAUUAGGCAUAACCAGCAACUCAAAAAUGAUUGUAAUAUCUUAAGAUUGUCUUGUUAUGUAAGCCCUAUUGUAAAUAAAAAGUUCAUUAUUAUGGUU